AGUUGAAAAGUAAGAAGAGUUGGGACUAAAACUUCUUAACAAUAAAUAUUUUAUAUUUUACUACAAUGAAAAUUAUUUCCUUAUUAUCUUUAGCCGUUUGUGUUGCAGCUACAAUGGCUAUGCCACCAAAGGUCUCAACAACGUAUAAUGAUAAUUAUCCGGCUUUAAAAGCUGACUUUAAAGACAUGAAUCUGGACAAUAUAUACGUAAGGAUGCUUAUGGAUUUGGACAACAGGAUCCGACGAUGCCUCUUAUCAAACUCUUUCGAUAAUAUUUUGACUAUCAUACAGAACAGAUGCGUGCCACCGAAAUGUGAUUUAAAAAAGCUCUUGUGGAACAUGUAUGCUACACACGAAAAUGUGCCUUUUCUAGAGGAAGACAGUUGGAAUAGCAACAAAAUAAAAAAAAAUUUUGAUGAAAUUGACAAGACUUCCGCCUCUUUCAGCACUCUGAAUCAAUUGAUUUAAUACUCUAGAUUGUUUUGGACCAUUUAAAAUUUUAGAUACUCAUAUAGGGUAUAUAUAAAAGUGAGACAAAUGCAAAAACUAACACCUAUAAAUACAUAUGUAUGUUUGAUCAAUAUUAGAUUAGUGUUCAAUGAUGCCUACAAAAAAUAUAAAGUAACAUUAAAUACUCUAUUCUGUAAAUAACCAAAGUUUUGUCUACAUACAUAAGCAUACUAUAUGCUACAUUGAAUACUAGAGCUAAAAAUAAAAGCAUUGAUUUGCAAAAAAGUUUAUAAUCAACAAAAAAAAAGAUAUAGUUGCUUUUCAUAGAAGAAGAAAAAUAAAUUAAUGUCGUUUCGGAAUAUUAAAUCGAAA